GCAUCUUUUGAGCCGUGGCAAAGAGUUUGCAUCAAUUUUCUGCAUUUUUACAUUGAAAGACGCAAAAGGAAAAGAAAACACAAGCGGAAAAUAAUAAGCAGACUUCAUUUCUUAAUUUCAACUGUAAUAAUAACUUUCAAGCAUCAAAACUUAAAUCAAUUGAUUAAUAAUAACAAAACCUUAUAAUUAAGGAUGAAUCCUUACAUGCUCCCACAUGGGAUGCCGCCAUCAGCUAAUCCCUGGGCAGCUCAACAAUAUCUUGCUCAACAACAAGCAAUGAUGGCACAACAAAUGCACGCUCAACAAUUAGCUGCAACUCAGAUUCAAAUACCACCGGUACAAGGAAUGGGAAACUUUGGCGCUCCACCACCCCAAAAGCCGGAAAUCAUCAAUGAAGAAAAACUAUUUGAAAAGUCACAAAAAUGGCAACAACUUCAAACGAAAAGAUUUGCUGAAAAGCGAAAAUAUGGAUUUGUUGAUGCUCAAAAGGAAGCAAUGCCGGCUGAACAUGUUCGUAAAAUUAUCAGAGAUCAUGGAGAUAUGACAAGCAGAAAGUACCGACAUGAUAAAAGAGUUUAUUUGGGUGCUUUAAAGUAUAUGCCGCAUGCUGUUAUGAAACUUCUCGAGAACAUGCCAAUGCCAUGGGAGCAAAUUCGAGAUGUUCCAGUUCUCUAUCACAUUACAGGCGCUAUAACAUUUGUCAAUGAGAUUCCUUGGGUGAUUGAGCCAGUUUAUAUUGCACAAUGGGGAACAAUGUGGAUUAUGAUGCGACGUGAGAAGAGAGAUCGUCGUCAUUUCAAGCGAAUGAGAUUCCCACCAUUUGACGAUGAAGAACCUCCGCUUGAUUACGCUGAUAAUGUUCUUGAUGUUGAACCAUUAGAAGCAAUCCAAAUUGAUUUAGAUUCUGAAGAAGAUUCAAGUAUUUAUGACUGGUUUUAUGAACAAAAAAAUUUGAUUGGAACUCCAUACAUCAAUGGAUCAACAUUCCGCAAAUGGAAUUUGACACUUCCACAAAUGGCAACACUUUAUCGCUUAGCUAAUCAAUUGUUGACUGAUCUGGUUGAUGACAACUUCUUUUAUCUAUUUGAUCCGAAGAGUUUCUUCACAGCAAAAGCUCUCAACAUGGCAAUUCCCGGCGGACCUAAAUUUGAACCACUCAUCAAGGAUCACAACUUGGGAGAUGAAGAUUGGAAUGAGUUUAAUGAUAUUAACAAAAUUAUUAUCAGACAACCUGUCAGGACUGAAUAUCGGAUUGCUUUUCCGUAUUUAUACAACAACAUGCCACUCUUUGUUCAUCUUUCAUGGUAUCACACACCAAAUGUUGUUUACAUCAAAACAGAAGAUCCUGACUUACCAGCAUUUUAUUUCGAUCCUUUAAUCAAUCCUAUUGCACAUCGUCAUGGUGUCAAGUCGGUCGAUCCAUUGCCAGAUGAUGAAGAAGAAUUUAUUCUUCCUGAUGAUGUUCAGCCAUUCUUGCAAGACACGCCGCUCUAUUCGGAUAAUACAGCAAAUGGAAUUGCACUUUUAUGGGCACCGCGACCAUUCAAUUUAAGAUCAGGUCGAUGUCGUCGUGCUCAUGACAUUCCAUUAGUUAAAGGCUGGUACAAGGAGCAUUGCCCACCAGGUCAUCCAGUGAAAGUUCGUGUCAGUUAUCAAAAGCUUUUGAAAUAUUACGUUCUGAAUGCUUUGAAACAUCGACGACCGAAACCACAAAAGAAAAGAUAUCUGUUCAGAUCAUUUAAGGCAACAAAGUUCUUCCAAGCAACGACUCUUGAUUGGGUUGAAGCUGGUUUGCAAGUCUGUCGACAAGGUUACAACAUGCUUAAUUUACUUAUUCAUCGUAAGAAUUUAAAUUAUCUUCAUCUUGAUUACAAUUUCAACUUGAAACCUGUCAAGACUUUAACAACGAAGGAGAGAAAGAAAUCACGUUUUGGAAAUGCUUUUCAUUUGUGUCGUGAAAUUCUUCGUUUAACAAAAUUAAUCAUCGAUUCACAUGUUCAAUAUCGUUUGAAUAAUGUUGAUGCAUUUCAAUUGGCUGAUGGUCUUCAAUACAUCUUUGCACAUGUUGGACAAUUAACUGGAAUGUAUCGUUAUAAAUAUAAACUCAUGAGACAAAUCAGAAUGUGCAAGGAUCUCAAACAUUUGAUUUAUUAUCGAUUUAAUACUGGUCCAGUUGGAAAAGGUCCUGGUUGUGGCUUUUGGGCACCGGGAUGGCGAGUCUGGUUGUUUUUCAUGCGUGGAAUCACGCCGCUGCUUGAAAGAUGGCUUGGAAAUCUUUUGUCACGUCAAUUUGAAGGUCGUCAUAGCAAAGGCGUCGCUAAAACUGUCACAAAACAACGCGUCGAAUCUCAUUUUGAUCUUGAAUUGAGAGCUUCAGUUAUGCAUGACAUUGUCGACAUGAUGCCCGAAGGAAUUAAACAAAACAAAGCUCGAACAAUUCUUCAACAUUUAUCUGAAGCUUGGCGUUGUUGGAAAGCAAAUAUUCCAUGGAAAGUUCCCGGCUUACCAAUUCCAAUUGAGAAUAUGAUUUUACGCUACGUGAAGAUGAAAGCUGAUUGGUGGACGAACACAGCACAUUACAAUCGUGAAAGAAUUCGACGAGGUGCAACUGUUGAUAAAACAGUUUGCAAGAAGAACUUGGGAAGAUUAACUCGUUUGUAUUUGAAAGCUGAACAAGAGAGACAACAUAAUUAUCUUAAAGACGGACCUUACAUUUCACCGGAAGAAGCUGUUGCUAUCUACACGACAACAGUUCAUUGGUUGGAAUCGCGACGAUUUGCUCCAAUCCCUUUUCCACCAUUGUCUUACAAGCACGACACAAAAUUGUUGAUUCUUGCAUUGGAACGAUUGAAGGAAGCUUACAGUGUCAAAUCACGAUUGAAUCAGAGUCAACGUGAAGAAUUGGGCCUGAUUGAACAAGCUUAUGAUAAUCCACAUGAAGCAUUGUCACGAAUUAAACGUCAUUUAUUGACACAGCGAGCAUUUAAGGAGACUGGCAUUGAAUUUAUGGAUUUGUACAGUCAUCUGAUUCCGGUUUAUGAUGUUGAGCCUUUGGAGAAGAUUACAGACGCUUAUUUAGAUCAAUAUUUGUGGUAUGAAGCUGACAAACGACGAUUAUUUCCACCAUGGAUUAAGCCAAGUGACACUGAACCACCACCGUUACUUGCCUACAAAUGGUGUCAAGGUGUCAACAAUCUUCAAGAUGUUUGGGAAGUUUCUGAAGGAGAGUGCAACGUUUUGUUGGAAUCAAAGUUCGAGAAACUCUAUGAAAAGAUCGACUUGACAUUGUUGAAUCGUUUACUUCGUUUGAUUGUUGAUCACAACAUUGCUGAUUACAUGACAGCUAAGAAUAAUGUUGUCAUCAAUUACAAGGAUAUGAAUCAUACAAACAGUUAUGGAAUCAUUCGUGGUCUUCAAUUUGCAUCUUUCAUCACGCAAUAUUAUGGACUUGUGCUAGAUCUUCUUGUCCUUGGCUUACAAAGAGCUAGCGAAAUGGCUGGACCGCCACAAAUGCCCAAUGAUUUCCUCACUUUUCAAGAUAUUCCGUCAGAAAUUUCACAUCCAAUUCGAUUGUAUUGUCGUUAUGUCGAUCGAAUUCACAUUUUCUUCAGAUUCUCUGCAGAUGAAGCUAGAGAUUUAAUUCAAAGAUAUUUAACAGAACAUCCUGAUCCAAACAAUGAGAAUAUUGUCGGUUAUAACAAUAAAAAAUGUUGGCCGCGUGAUGCACGAAUGCGCUUGAUGAAGCACGAUGUCAAUUUAGGUCGAGCUGUAUUCUGGGACAUAAAGAAUCGUUUACCACGAUCAGUAACAACAGUAAAUUGGGACAACACUUUUGUGUCAGUUUAUUCCAAAGACAAUCCAAACUUAUUGUUCAACAUGAGUGGAUUUGAAUGCAGAAUUCUUCCGAAAUGUCGCACACAACAUGACGAGUUUACACAUCGUGAUGGUGUUUGGAAUUUACAGAAUGAAGUGACGAAGGAAAGAACUGCUCAAUGUUUCUUGCGUGUUGAUGACGAAUCAUUGAACAGAUUUCAUAAUCGAGUAAGACAAAUUUUGAUGGCUUCUGGUUCGACGACAUUUACUAAGAUUGUCAACAAAUGGAACACUGCACUGAUUGGUCUAAUGACUUAUUUCCGUGAAUCUGUUGUCAAUACACAAGAACUUCUCGAUUUACUCGUGAAAUGUGAGAAUAAAAUCCAAACACGUAUCAAGAUUGGUCUCAACUCGAAAAUGCCUUCGAGAUUCCCUCCGGUUGUGUUCUACACACCAAAAGAAUUAGGUGGAUUGGGAAUGUUGUCAAUGGGACAUGUUUUAAUUCCGCAAAGUGACUUACGAUGGUCUAAACAAACUGACACAGGCAUCACUCACUUCCGAUCCGGAAUGUCACAUGACGAAGAUCAAUUAAUUCCCAACUUGUAUCGUUACAUUCAACCAUGGGAAAGUGAAUUUAUUGAUUCGCAACGUGUCUGGGCUGAAUAUGCUUUGAAAAGACAAGAAGCAAAUGCUCAAAGUCGUAGAUUAACAUUGGAGGAUUUAGAAGAUAGUUGGGAUCGUGGAAUUCCUCGUAUUAACACACUUUUCCAGAAAGAUCGUCACACAUUAGCUUAUGAUAAAGGUUGGCGUAUUCGAACUGAGUUCAAACAAUAUCAAGUUUUGAAACAAAAUCCAUUCUGGUGGACACAUCAAAGACACGAUGGAAAACUUUGGAAUUUAAAUAAUUAUCGCACAGAUAUGAUUCAAGCACUUGGUGGCGUUGAAGGAAUUCUUGAGCAUACUUUGUUUAAAGGAACUUAUUUCCCAACAUGGGAAGGUUUGUUCUGGGAGAAAGCUUCUGGCUUCGAAGAGUCGAUGAAGUACAAGAAACUCACAAAUGCGCAACGUUCAGGUUUAAAUCAAAUUCCCAAUCGUCGAUUCACUUUGUGGUGGUCGCCAACAAUUAAUCGUGCAAAUGUUUAUGUUGGUUUUCAAGUGCAACUUGAUUUGACAGGAAUUUUCAUGCAUGGAAAGAUUCCAACGUUGAAAAUUUCUUUAAUUCAAAUCUUUCGGGCUCAUUUAUGGCAAAAGAUUCACGAAUCGAUUGUGAUGGAUUUGUGUCAAGUGUUUGAUCAAGAACUUGAUGCACUUGAGAUUGAAACUGUUCAAAAGGAGACAAUUCAUCCGAGAAAGUCAUACAAGAUGAAUUCAUCAUGUGCUGACAUUCUUCUCUUCCCAGCUUACAAAUGGAAUGUUUCAAGACCGUCGUUACUCGCUGACUCGAAAGAUACAAUGGACAACACAACAACACAGAAAUAUUGGCUUGAUGUGCAGCUUCGUUGGGGUGAUUACGAUUCACAUGACGUUGAACGCUACGCACGUGCAAAGUUUCUCGAUUACACGACUGACAACAUGUCGAUUUAUCCAUCACCAACUGGCGUUUUAAUUGCUAUUGAUUUAGCUUAUAAUCUUCACAGUGCUUUUGGCAAUUGGUUCCCAGGAUGUAAGCCUUUGAUUCAACAAGCAAUGGCGAAGAUAAUGAAAGCAAAUCCUGCUUUGUAUGUGUUGAGAGAACGAAUAAGAAAAGCUCUUCAGUUGUACAGUUCAGAACCAACCGAACCGUAUUUGUCAUCGCAAAAUUAUGGUGAAUUGUUCAGCAAUCAAAUUAUUUGGUUUGUUGACGACACAAAUGUUUAUCGUGUCACAAUUCACAAAACAUUUGAAGGAAAUUUAACAACGAAGCCGAUUAAUGGCGCAAUUUUCAUCUUCAAUCCAAGAACGGGACAACUUUUCUUGAAGAUUAUUCACACGUCAGUAUGGGCAGGUCAGAAACGUCUCGGACAGCUUGCAAAAUGGAAAACAGCUGAAGAAGUUGCUGCUUUGAUUCGUUCAUUGCCAGUUGAAGAACAACCUAAACAAAUUAUUGUGACACGUAAAGGAAUGUUGGAUCCACUUGAAGUUCAUUUACUUGACUUUCCUAACAUCGUCAUUAAAGGAUCGGAACUUCAGUUACCGUUCCAGGCAUGCUUGAAAGUUGAGAAGUUUGGUGAUUUGAUUUUGAAAGCGACAGAACCGCAAAUGGUUCUCUUUAAUUUGUACGACGAUUGGUUGAAGACAAUCUCAUCUUACACAGCAUUCUCUCGUCUUAUUUUAAUUCUUCGUGCACUUCAUGUCAACACUGAAAGAACAAAAGUUAUUUUAAAACCCGAUAAGACGACAAUUACUGAAGCUCAUCACAUUUGGCCUACGUUAGCUGAUGAAGAAUGGAUUAAAGUUGAAGUUCAAUUGAAAGAUUUGAUUCUGGCUGAUUACGGAAAGAAGAAUAACGUGAAUGUCGCUUCAUUGACACAAUCAGAAAUUCGUGAUAUCAUUCUUGGUAUGGAAAUUUCAGCACCAUCAGCACAACGACAACAAAUUGCUGAAAUUGAGAAACAAACAAAGGAACAAUCACAAUUGACGGCAACAACGACAAGAACAACCAACAAACAUGGGGAUGAAAUUAUCACAUCAACAACAUCAAAUUACGAAACGACAAGCUUCAGCUCGAAGACUGAGUGGCGAGUUCGAGCAAUUUCAGCUACAAAUUUACAUUUACGAACAAAUCACAUUUACGUGAGUUCUGAUGACAUUAAAGAGACUGGUUACACUUACAUUCUUCCCAAAAACAUAUUGAAGAAGUUUGUGACAAUUUCUGAUUUACGUGCACAAAUUGCUGGUUAUUUAUACGGCGUAAGUCCAGCUGAUAAUCCACAAGUGAAGGAAAUUCGGUGCAUUGUGAUGCCACCACAAUGGGGAACACAUCAAGUCAUCAAUCUGCCCAAUUCACUUCCUAAUCAUCAAUAUCUGAAGGAUAUGGAACCACUUGGAUGGAUUCAUACACAACCGAAUGAAUUGCCGCAAUUAUCGCCACAAGAUAUCACCACACAUGCGAAAGUUAUGUCAGAGAAUCCGACAUGGGAUGGAGAGAAGACGAUAAUCAUCACAUGUUCUUUUACUCCUGGAUCAUGUUCGUUGACGGCUUAUAAAUUGACACCAUCAGGCUUUGAAUGGGGACAUAAGAACACUGACAAAGGGAAUAAUCCAAAAGGUUACUUGCCCAGUCACUAUGAACGUGUUCAAAUGUUAUUGUCGAAUAAAUUCCUUGGAUUCUUCAUGGUGCCGACACAAGGCAGUUGGAAUUAUAACUUUAUGGGCGUACGACACGAUCCCAACAUGAAAUAUGAGUUGAUGCUGUCGAAUCCCAAGGAAUUUUAUCACGAAGUUCAUCGACCAGCACAUUUCUUACUUUUCUCAAACUUGGAAGAUGCUGGUGAAGGUGGAUCAGGCGCUGAUCGUGAAGACGUCUUCGCUUAAAUUCAUUUUUCUUCUCUUUUUUUAAAAUGUCAAUAAGAGUUUUAAGAUUACUUUCAAAUAAAAUUAGAAAAAUAAAAAACUGAUUUCCUUAUUAAAAAUUUU